AUGGAGCCCUUGCUAGCCUUGCACGAACUCAUUUCUCAACUCAUCAUCCCGCAUCGCCGGCACUCUUCAACCACCUUGAUCAACCGGCUGGUAGCUGACAUAUGGGCCGUUCAAUUGGAGCUAAGAUCGGCUUGCCUGCUGGAUGGAAUCGCGAUCAGUGAGGAGCAGGCGGUCCAAAUCGCCGAUGGUCUGAAAAAUGUGAAUUUUUACGUGUGGUGUCCUUAUAAUUCCCCAAACGCGCUCUGGUUUACUGCUCUUGUGAUCACAUGUCUUGUGAAUCUGGUGGUCCUUCAUCAACGUCUAUCCUCCUCCACAUUCAUAUGCUCAAGGUCGUUAUGGAAGGCACGCUAUGACCCGGCGUGGUGGAAACCUAUCUGCAUAGACCUGUCGAGCACGCCUCCCCAAAUUGCAAGUUCUCUGGACCAUAUCCCCCAGCCUGUCAUGUGUGCACUUAAAACAUGCGAGACCUCUGGCCAGCUUCAAACCUCGAACCGGGUCGUAGUGGAGCUUCAGCCGGCCUCGACACUGGUCAGUCUUGCGGGGUUAUUCCUCGGCUACCCUUGCACCUAUUGCAACUGCUCCACAAAUCAGAUAGUCGCUGGUCCCUUGAAAGUGGUCCAAGUGGAUCUCCUACAACUCAACCCGUCGGCUGAAAAACUACCGGGCAUCCUUCCAUCGCGGCAUCAAUUGAUGGCUUUCACCUUCCCCGCCGCAUUCGACUACCCGGGCUCACCCCUGGAGUUAGAGGACUUGAUCAAGAGGCUCAAACAUCAAAUCGAACAAAAGUUGAGAUCAGCGGGAUGUUCAUAUGGCUGGGAGGGGGUGGAGAUAAACGUUGAGCAGACUGUUGAUAUUGAACGAGUCGCUCUAUAA